UCGCACCGAGAUCAGUUUGGUUAGAGUAAUUGACCGGUCAAGUUCACAGCUUUUGUGGAGGUGGAGGCACAGCGGUCAGACGGUCGUUAGCAGUUAACUGAAGUAUCCUUUUUCUCGCGAUCGGACAAAAGUCGGAAUAGUCGGCUACCGAACGCCUAGUAGUCGUCACUUACGGUGAACCGGUUUCCACAGUUGAACUUGACCGUUCGGGUUUAAUUUUGCGAUCGCGGUGUGCUCAAUCGGUUAACACUUAGGAAGUGGCCCCAGUUCGUGUUGCAUCCGGAGAGGAGAUUCGUGCGGAACAUUCGAGUAAAAUGACACGGUUAAUCUUUGCCGGUCUGCUGCUGCUGGUGUUGAAUCUAGGAUUCAGUUACGCCUAUUUGGAACCUGUCCUGUCGGUAUGCAAGGCGAAAGAUCCAAACCUUGACAAAUGCAUCGUCGAAAUAAUCGAACGCAUCCGACCCAGUAUCGCCUCGGGAAACUACGGUUCCGAGAUACAGCAUCCCAGGAUUGAAUCGAUGAUACUCGAGCAGAUCCGCAUCGAACGGGGCCCAUCGUUCUCGGCUAACUUUUCCGAUCUUAUGAUCAACGGGUCUUCCAAAUUCAUCAUCAAAAAGCUGAAGACUGACCUGUCGCAGAAACAGAUCAAUGUCAGUGUGAUUCUGCCGGUUCUGGAUGUGCUAGGAAAGUACGCCCUAAAUAUGAACAUUCUGGUCCUGCGCAUCAUCGGAAAGGGCGACAUCAACGUUCAGCUCAAUGACACCAAAGCCAUCCUGCGCCUGCAGUACUUCACCGAACAGGUCGACGGGAAGGAUCUCGUUCGCUUCCGGCCGAUUGAUUUGAAGCUUAAAUUCGACAAGGCCUCGUUCUACCUGCAGAAUCUGUUCAACGGUGAUCCGAUGCUGGAGAAGGUCGGCAACGAUGCCAUCAACGAGAAUCCGCACGUCCUGCUGGAUGAGGUGAAAUCGUCCUUCGAGGAGGGCCUCUCGGAGAAGUUCACCGGCAUCGCCAACAGUCUGGUGAAGGAUUCCGAGCUGAAGGAAAUCUUCCCGGAGUAGAAACGACUGAGCGAUUAGAUCAGUAGCGAUUUAUGCUUGUGAUGAAUGGGAUAAUAUAAAUAUUUAUGUAGAAA